AUGCACACAGUGCCACUGGCAUCGAGCGUCUACGUCAAUAUCACCGAUUUCACCUACCACGCGUCGGUGCGGCGAUCUGGCCGGCACGCCUGCAGCGGCGCCCUCGUCCACCAGUCCUGGAUAAUAACCGCAGCCUCCUGCGUUCGCAACACCAGCGCGGCGAAUCUCACCGUCCUGCUGGGAAGCCCCGAUCUCAACGGCCGGACGGGUCGACUCUUCCCGAUCGCCGAGAUCGUGUCCCACCCGGGCUUUGACGCCACCCACUCGACCACCAACAACGUCGCUCUGCUCAAGACGGGAGAAGUGGCACAAGGAUGGGACAACGUGCUCCCGAUAUUCCUGCCGAGCUCGGAGGACUAUCAUCUCAAGGACGGCAGUUUGCUGGUCGUCAGUGGUUGGAGGAGACAAGCAUCAGAGCACGUCGGAGAAGAGGUGGGAGGUAGGAGCUUCGAAUCACGGUUGAGCGCGACGGUGGCGCCCCUCGUAAAUCAACGCGUGUGCGUCGACUCGUUGCCCACCGGCACAGUGGAGCCGGGAAAGAUGCUCUGUGCCGGCUACGCGCGCCCCGGACCCACGGAAAUAACGUGCCAGGGUGACCUUGGAGCCCCGCUGGCAAGGGACGAUGUCCUGCUCGGGAUACUCGCGUCCACGGAAGGAUGCGACCCGGCAAAGGGCCGGCCGGCCGUUUACGCGAGGAUCAGCGCUUACCUGCCCUGGAUACUGGAUACCAUACGUUGA